AUGCCCAACUAUGAAAAAUUCCUCAAAGACAUUUUAAGUGGAAGAAGGUCUUAUGAUGUGGUGGAGACGGUCAACUUGACUGAGAAUUGUAGUGCAAUUAUAGAGCUAGUGUUAGGGGAACUUAUGCCUUCCAAAAUUACCUUGCAAUUGGCCGAUAGGUCAAUUAAAAUUCCUAAGGGGAAGGUUGAGGAUAUUCCUUUGAGAGUAGGGAAGUUUGUGAUUCCGGUAGAUUUUGUGGUUCUUGAAAUGGAUGAAGAUGAUACCAUUCCCAUUAUUCUUGGUAUACCUUUUCUUGUUACCUCGGGUGCUAUGAUUGAUGUUAAGAGUGCAAGAAUUUCACUCAAGGUAGGAGAUGAGUUUAUUGAAUUUGACUUGAAUGAAAGCAUGAAGUAUCCAUGUUCUUCUUUAGAAAAUUUCAUGUUAAUUGAUUCUCUUGAUCUUGUUGUAUCUUCCAUGCAUGAGCACUUGCUCACUUAUAAUGAUCCUCUUGAGAAUGUCUAG